GUGGGGCGUGGCCCUACAAGCCCCGCCCCCGCCUGUUUCCGGAAGCGGCUGCGAGCGCGGCCCAGGCAGCGCGCCCGGGCGCGGGAGUGGGGUCGGGGGGUGUGUGCCGGUGGCUGCCCGCGGACCCCACCCCCACCCCGCCCCAGCCCCCGGAGCAUCUUCCCGGCGCGGCCAUGGCGUGGAGACUCGGGACCUGGCUGGGGGUCUGUCUCCUGGUGUCAGCCUCAGCAGUGGUGCCACCCCCUGAAAAUCUCCACAUGCAUUCACUUAACUUCAAGAACAUUCUCCGGUGGAAGUCACCUGCUUUUCCCAGAGGGAACCUCACUUUCACAGUUCAGUACCACAGCUAUCACAAGUCCUUUCAAGACCAGUGCAGUCAUAUUAACUUGACAGAGUGUGAUUUCUCGAACCUUUCCAAGUACGGCAACUACACGUUGAGAGUCCAAGCGGAGUUCCAGGCUGAGCACUCAGAAUGGGUCACCACCGUCUUCUGUCCCGUGGAUGACACUGUUAUCGGGCCUCCUGGAUUGAAAUUAAAGGCCCUGGGCAAUUCCUUGCAUGUGCUCUUCUUAGUCCCCCAAGUUGAGAACGAGCCAGACUCAUGGAGCAUGAAAAACUUUUACAACGACUGGGCUUACAACUUGGAGUACUGGAGGAACGGCUCGGAUGAGAAGUUUCUGGUGAAAUGCGAGUACGACUCCGAGGUGCUGAAGGGUCUGGAGCCCUGGACCACGUACUGCGUUCGAGUUCAAGCGUUUCUUCCCGAAUGAAAAAAACUGGGCUGUGGAGCCCGCCAGCCUGUGAGCAGACCAAGG